GGCGGACAAGGGGCAGCGGACCCGGGACCCGGCCGGGCGGGCAGGCAGGCGGCUGCAUUAAGGAACCUGAGGCUGCAGGCACAUUUCCAGAGGCUGUGAUCUGGAAGGCAGCAAAGCACCACAGCCUGAUGAAGGAAGAGGAGAAGGCAGAAAGUGAGGGGAGACAGGCAGCCUUGCUCUUCCCAUUGGCGACAGGUGUCUCCUCCCAUACUGAUUCCGUUGAUCAGCAGGGAGAAAUGGUUAGCAGUUUCUUUGUCCUUCAUCAUCUCCAUUCACUUGCCAUUCCUCACCCCUGCUUGUGACUGUGCUGCAGCAGACUCCCGGGCACACCUUCGAGGCUGAAAGUGACCCCGAAUCCUUCCCUGUUUGGCCAGAAGGGUUUCCUUUCUGUCACCUUCUGCUUUACCCUUGGGGAACUUCUCUAUAUCCUCAAAUAAAAGGAAUCCAGCGUCGUGUGGACUUAUCAGCUUAAACCAAGUGGAUGUAGACCUCUGGCUGCUAAGGCGCACUCACGGCCGCGGGAGACGGGAAGAGUCCUGCCUCCGAGCCAGAAGCCCUGUCAACACAGCGAUGUGCCCUCUGGCAGGCGGGCAGCCGGGCCUGGCACUCCGAGCAGUCAGGUUUCCGACCUGUGACAUCAGAGGCUGGGGUCCAAUCUGCCGAGACGUGCUAUUGAUGUCAGGAUCUUCUGUGAGGCUGCUGGACCACUUUCCAUGGUCGGUGAGGAAGCAAAACCGGUAGGGAACGAGUUGGCUGUGCCCUACAUCCCGGUACCUGAGCCAAGCUCCCCUCCGUUCAUCUCGGCUGUGCUGACCCAGUGUUGACAUGAGGCAAUGUGCCGCCAGGGCCAAGGGCAGGGAGAGAACAGCACGUCGGCCAGGGGCACGCGAGCGGGGAAGGGACAGUCCUCAAGCCCGAGGGAGGAAGGGUGAGAGAGAGCCGCGAAGUCUGCGUGAGGAGCGUUUACGGGAGGGCAGUCGACGUGGCCACAGCAGGCAAUCAGGGGUGGCUGUGUUCAGCCUGAGCACGGCGGGGUCCCGAGUGAGAGCGGGGAGAAGACCUCCUCUGAGAUGUGGCCUGCGGGGGCGCGACGUCCCCCGCCCAUCUGCCACUUGCUCAGACGUCCCUCUGGGACCCAGAAAUCCAACCAAGCACAGACCUCUGGAGUCGAGAGUAAAAUUUCACAAAUGCAGCCCUGGCAUUUCUCCUUGGCGGACGGCUUUUUCUUUUUGUGAAAUCUCAUCUCUUCUCCCAGAGUUCAGCACCUGCUCUGUUCUUUAAUAGCUCCCCAGGGCCCAGAUCCAGCUGGGCUUCACUUACAGAAACGAGAAGGAUUACAGGCUUCUAAACAGAAAGGACGGCAGAGAUCAUCUAGUUCACUGACCUCAUUUUACAAAUGAGGAAAUGGUGGCCAAGAGAGGCUGAGUUACCUCCCCAGGGUCACACAGCUUAUGUGGGGGUGCAGGGGGGAUAUCAGCUCAAAUGGAUGCGCUCUCGCUUAGCCUGUGAGGGGUCAGUGGAGCCCAAACCUGCAUGCUCAACACUGUUCUCUCCACACUGGUGGGCGGAGGACCAUUCGUGAAUGAACACAGUAUAAGUAAACGUUAUUAAUGUGGCCAGAGGACCCAGAAACUCUUAAACCCGGCCUUCAAUUAAUCAUUUCUUUAUAUGAAGUCCCUAAGAGAAAUACAUCCAUGGGACGGUGAUCGGUAAGGCAAAAGAGAAUAUUUUUAAUUAGCCCAGGCUCUGUGCCAGAGCUAAGAGAAUUCUAUCAGAUUAAAGGCAAAUCACAGAAUGCCGCCUGUUUCGGCCAGAGCUGGCCCAGGCAGCAGCCCCCGGCCAGAAUGAUGAAGCCCGUUUUCAGGAGGCUGUUUGGAGAUGCCAGUAAGGGGGGAAAUGGAAGAGCAAGGUGGUCCAUGGAGAAAGAAGUUCUCCUCUGUUCUGAACAUCUUCAUGGCGCUGAGCUGGACACCAAAAUGGAGUCAGGGGCCAUUUUUUCCAACUUGUUCAAUUAGUAAUUUAAGAGCUGGGGGCGCUGAGGCCUAGAGAGGUAAAGCGACUUCACUCUCCCAGCUUUGACAAAACUCUGGGAACCUUCGGACAGACGAUGGUGGAGCAGCCUGUCCAGGAGGCGGUGGUUUGAUGGGAUCCUUUAGAAAACUGAGAAGCUGCUGGAGGGCCCGAGGGGAGCAAGACCGGUCACGCCUAGGAAGCUCAACACUCAGAGACGUCCCGACUCGAGACAAACGGCAGAACCAGGUCCUUCCCCUCUCCAAGGGCAGAUGGUCGCAAAGACAGGUGAGGCCCAGAGGCCAUGCGGCUGACCUUCCGGGGCCAUCAGGUCCCAUCAUCUAUCCUGAUGCUCCCGUGAAGAGGAUCCUGGGAGAGGACAGAACUCCGAAGCGCUGAGUGUUUACCUGAGUCUUUCAGGCAGAGACUGGAAAGUCCAAAGCAGCGCCAUGCACCUGGCAAGGAGAGGAGAAGAAAAUGCUGUCUCAUAUUAUUGAGCAAGUACAUACACACCAGGAGGACCACUUGGAAUCAGGCUUGAGGCAAAUAACCCUUAACAAAGGCGGCCCAGGGAAGGGGUGGGGCCAGGAGACAGAGCAUCCCACGACGCACAAGGCCAGCAGGAUCAGUUCUCACCCCUGUGGCCCAGGCACUGUACCCGUGACGCCAGCACACACACAGCUGUUACUCACUGCUCUCCUUGCCUGGAGCAGCUGAAUGGCUUUCACCUGAACCACAGAGAACAUCCUUGGUAAGUGCACUCAAAAUUGCCACUGUGUUUAUGUCAUAAAAGGGACGUAUAAGGAGACAUGACUUAGAGGAGACCUUCUAUUUGCUUGUCUAGUGAAAUUAUUACAUAAUUAAUAUUCUUGCUCCCGUAAGAGUUUAGUCUGCACAACAGAAUGUUUUGAAGAAAAGCAAUGCCGGACUUUGGUUUCAUUUGACACAUUCCAAAGCUCUAGUGUAAACCCAGAGUAGGAAGGCAAUGCAGAGUCCCUAACUCUGGGGCGCAGCAGGUACACAACAUUCAAAAACUUCCAAUGUCUGAAAAACUGCAUAUUAAAGAUUCCUAAGCCAGGCAUAGUCAAGAAUCCUACAGCCGAACUAUUCACAGUAAGUCCCCUACAUACGCGUGAGUUCCGUUCCGAGAGCGGGUUUGUCCAAUUUGUUCGUAAGUCCAACAAAGUUAGCCUAGGUAGCCAACUAACACAAUUGGCUAUAGAGUACAGUACUGCAAUAGGUUUAUAAUAACUUUUCACACAAAUAAUACAUAAAAACAAACACAAAAAAACGAAGAAAACAUUUCUAAUCUUAAAGUACGGUACCUUGAAAGGUACAGUAGUCCAGUACAACAGCUGGCACGCGGGGGCGGCAUCGAGUGAACAGGCAGGAAGAGUUACCGCCUGCAGGAGGGAGAGGGGGUGGGCGAUGGUAGAGCGGAAGGAUCGUCAGCAACAGGAGACGGAGGGCAAGCUGCGAUUUCACUCACGCCUGACGUUGAUGGAACGCACGGUCGCAUCUUUGAAAGUUCACAACUUGAAGGUUCGUAUGUAGGGGACUUACUGUACAGCACUUUAGUCAACGUCUAUGUUUAAAAAAAUCACUCAUAAAGUGAUUUAAUAUAUCAUCUCUGCCUAAAAACUGCAGCAUAUCAUUAGCAAAUAACUUCGGAGUGCACUGAAAAUGAAAACUUCAUUUUCAAUUUUAAAAAUGAAAUACAAUACCAAUUUAACUAUUGCUUAAACACCUGGAAAGUCAAACUGUCUUUCCUAGGUCAGUUUUCCAUUCGGGUGAGGGCUCACAUGAGAGGUAGCACCAUCCACAGAGGGACUGUUUUAUGGCAAUCGUAGCACUAAAGCACAUUUGCGAGUAUAUACUGUAUACAUCACAACAUCAGAGGAGUUCCUGACCUUGGCAUAUUGGAAGUCCCCCAAACAGCAGAUCGGGUAACCCUUAAAUGCAAAGAUCAUUCUCUAUAGGAAGGAAUCGCUAUCGUGGCAUCUUCCUUGAUGGGAACAUUGGUGGAAGGCAGUUAUCAUGCCCGGUCCUGGGUGGGGUUGGGUUAAACCUGACAGAAAACGGCAGCCAAGGUGCUGAGGGCAAAAGCAGAGAUGUGGUAACAGAAGGGUGAGACAAUGCAGGCAGCAUGUGGUCAUAUCCAUCCCGAGGAGAGAGAUUUCAACAGCCUGGCUCAUGAAGCAUCACCUAUGCAUUCCAAGUCACCUUCUAGCUUAGACUUUGGGAACACACGCUCACGGGGCUCCGGAGAGCCCUCGGCACCGCGCGCAGCUGCACGGGUGUUGGCGGUGAACAGCGGGUGUGAGCAGGCCGGUGCCGGUGCAGCAGGCAGCCCGGGCUGCAGCCGUCGGCACAGCGCUGCAUCGCUGCAUGCAGGGGUGCUCUGGCCCCAGCUCCCCAGCUGCGGCACCAAGCUUGCAGGAGGGGCUGCUGUAUUUUCGCCUUUGCGGGGUGGCCGAGGUGCAGCUCUGCAGUAACUCUACGCCCACCUGUUCCCUCCCUUCACACGAAUAUGGUCUCUGCCCAGAGCACACGAUUGAGCCCCCUUUUCUGCUCUCUCCUCCUCCUCCUGCUGUCAGUGUGAAUGGCGCCUUUCCCCUGCCCCCUCGCCCAGCUAAACUGGGGCGGCAGAUCCCUGUUUUUAAUCAUUAUCUGUGCACUUAUGUGCUAGAUCUUACUUAUUAGGGUGUCCAACCCCUGCCUUUUAUAAAGGAUAUGAAUAGCCAGAGAGUCAGGAAAGUGCUUAGAAUUGCUUCCUUAGAUUAACUGUGGCGCCCUUGGCUGUGUCUAUAACAUCUGAAAGGUCAGGGACAUCUGAGAGCCCAUUUGCCUGUAAACAAACCUGACUAUUAGGUGAUAAAGCCAAUGCACAGUCCAAAGGAAGGAACCAGACCGCUUUUUGCCUGUUCCUUUAGAUUUGCCACCAAGCAGCUGUUCUCCUGUCCUCUUCUUCCCAUACACCAGCUGGGUGGGAAGAAGUAUUUUUACCCCUCUCUCUCCUUCCCACUUCGCCAUGCCAGGGAUGCGUCAUUUCUUUCUUUACCCCUCUGGUGAAGCUGUUGGUUAAUAAGAGCUGGGGGAGGGGUGGGAGUUCUGAUCUUCAGGGCCCUCGGGUCUUGUGUAUAAAGUCAGGGGUCCUUCCUGGUCCAGCUCAAACGUACCGACAGCCUCUGAGCACCCAAGUUCUGCGUUUAAUUCUGCUGAGUCUUUUUUCUUUCUUCUGUCUUCUAUCUUAACGUGUAAGUGCCAGCUCCCCAGAGGAAACACCCCAGCCAGGAAGUGGAUACAGGAGAGAAGUAAGGGAUGCUGGGGAGGAAGUAAGGGUGAUGAGAAUGGAGACACCAAACACAGAGGUUUGCAGGCUUAACCCGCAUGAAGACGAUACGAGGAGCUUGCGUAAAUUCAAAUCCCCAGAUCUCCCCGACUACUUGAAUUUGGAUUCAGUAGCUCUAGGAUGGAAGUAUUGGACCCCAGAAUCUACAUUCUGGUGCCCGGAUAAUAUCAUAAAAUAAGCAAUGGCCUCGGUUCUGCUUCUCUUUGGGACGGCCGCCACCACAUAGGACCUGAAUGUCUACUGCUUUCCAGGAACAGAAAGAAGACCCUCUAUUUGUCUGUGUCAGUGGCAGCUUGGUAGUAAAAAAACUGUUGAAUGGGCCACAAUUUCAGAAGACCAUCACGUGAAUGGGACCAGUCUCUUUUCUUCCCAAAUAUCAGAAAUUAAGCACUUGGAAAGGAGAUUUGGCCAAGAUGACCCAUUUACAGGCUGGACUCAGCCCAGAGACUAUAGAGAAAGCUCGCCUAGAACUGAACGAAAACCCAGAUGUUUUACACCAGGAUAUUCAGCAAGUCAGGGACAUGAUCAUCACCAGGCCUGACAUUGGAUUUUUACGCACAGAUGAUGCCUUCAUCCUGAGAUUUCUCCGAGCCAGGAAGUUUCACCAAGCAGAUGCCUUUAGACUCCUGGCCCAGUACUUCCAGUACCGCCAGCUAAACCUGGACAUGUUCAAAAACUUCAAGGCUGAUGAUCCUGGCAUUAAGAGGGCCCUCAUCGAUGGGUUCCCUGGAGUGCUGGAAAACCGCGAUCACUAUGGCAGGAAGAUUCUUCUGCUGUUUGCAGCCAAUUGGGAUCAGAGUAGGAACUCCUUCACAGACAUCCUCCGGGCCAUCCUGCUGUCAUUGGAAGUCCUUAUUGAAGAUCCGGAGCUUCAGAUAAAUGGUUUCAUUUUAAUUAUAGACUGGAGUAAUUUCUCCUUCAAACAAGCCUCCAAACUGACACCAUCAAUCCUCAAACUGGCCAUUGAAGGGUUGCAGGACAGCUUUCCUGCCCGCUUCGGAGGAGUCCAUUUUGUCAACCAGCCCUGGUACAUCCAUGCCCUGUACACGCUCAUCAAGCCAUUCCUUAAAGACAAGACCAGGAAACGGAUUUUCCUGCAUGGAAACAACUUAAACAGCCUCCACCAGCUAAUACACCCUGAAUUUUUGCCGUCUGAAUUUGGAGGAACCCUUCCUCCUUAUGACAUGGGAACUUGGGCCCGGACGUUACUCGGUCCUGACUACAGCGAUGAAAAUGACUACACUCACACUUCCUAUAAUGCAAUGCAUGUGAAGCACACGUCCUCCAACCUGGAGAGGGAGUGCUCACCCAAGCCGAUGAAGAGAUCUCAGUCUGUGGUAGAAGCUGGGACCCUGAAACAUGAGGACAAGGGAGAGAAUGAGAACACUCAGCCUCUCCUGGCUCUGGACUGAACCCUGAGCUACACUGUGCUCCGGACAUCGCCAGCCCUCAGUGGUAUCAGCCACCAGGAAGCACAUGUGCAACUGACCCCACAAUGCGUGCGUUCGGCUCGACACAAGGGCCUCCUCUCCUGCCACCCAGUAAUGACUGUCACCAGCCAUUGGUCUAAGCAGCCAAAGUUGAACAAAGACUUGAGAGACGCCUUUUUUUUUCAAUGACGGAAUUGGAGGAUGAAGCAAGGCAGUUAUGGAAACAAGAUUCCCCCCAUCCCAUAUUUAUAGUAUUAAGUGAAUUGAGAAGAGAAAAACUAAAUUUGCUGCACACACUUCAUUAGGAUAAGGAUUUUUCUGAGGCUUUGCAGAGACUCUGCCCAGUUUUUGCAAUUUAAGAUUAAGUGCAUUUCCAAGUAGAUACAUAAGAAUUAAACUGUGCAGACACAGUUGUCAAGUUUAAUGUAGUGCAAAGCCCCAAGACAAUAGUAUCUCCAGUGAUUUCCAUUCCUAUAUUGAAAUAUUUUCUUUGACCUCAUCACCAGCAUCAAAUUUCAAAUUGUUCAGCCUAAGAGCACGUUCUCGUAGGUCUGGCUAUUUGCAGAGCUUAUUGGUUUUUUUUUUUUGAUAUCCUGCAAAAAUGAUUUUGAUAUCACAUCUUUGAUCAGGCCACCAGCUGAUUAUCAUGAGCUAAUUUUAAACAAAGACACAAAUUGAAAGAUGACUACUUCAUCUUAGCAAUGUGACUUCCCACAGGGGAUGUGUGUCUCUAGAGGGUGGGGGGGGGUCUCAUUGAAAAUACAUGUCAGUGAUUAAUGAAUCCAUUCAAGUUGCCUCACUUGGGUCACUACAGAAAAGAAAAGUGCUACAAAAGCAUCACACCGCUCCCCACGUCCCCUCACCUCCUCUUGCAACCAGUUAAACGUGUAGA